UCGUUGAAAUAUGGCCGAGCCAAAUGGCCAUUUCCAUGUAUUUCCUCAAAUGAAGAAGGGUGUUGUAACACGAUUUUAAGACUGCCGGAGGCGAAACAGAGCGGCGGUGAUGCCGAGCAAGAAGAGGAGGAAGAGAGGCGGAGAAAGGCGAGUUAUCCACCCUCGAAACAAGUACUCUGAAAACCCUCCCGAUUUCGGACUCUUGGCCUCUUUGUACCCGAGCUUCGAGCCCUAUGUUUUCUACUCCCUCGAUGGCCGCCCCAGAAUCGAUUGGACCGACUUUAAUGCUACGCGCGAGCUAACCCGAGUCUUGCUUCUCCAUGAUCAUGGCCUCAAUUGGUGGAUUCCCGAUGGGCAGCUCUGCCCAACAGUCCCAAACAGAUCAAAUUACAUUCAUUGGAUUGAAGAUCUUUUGGCUUCAGAUCUCAUUCCUUGCACUCGGGGCAACAGUGUUGUCAAAGGUUUUGAUAUUGGAACUGGUGCAAAUUGCAUAUAUCCUCUCCUUGGUGCAUCUCUUCUAGGUUGGACAUUUGUGGGCUCAGAUGUUACUGAUGUGGCCAUAGAGUGGGCAAAUAGAAAUGUCAAGAGUAACCCACAUUUGUCCGAAUUGAUUGAAAUAAGAAGAGUUGAUACUGAGACCAAGAUCUUUGACGCGGAAGAAUUGCAAAACAAGCAGAAAGAUAAUAUUAAUAGUUACGUAGAUUCAACCAAUACAGUAAGUGUCGACAUGGGACCUUCACCAUCAUUUUCACUCAGAAGCCAAUCGGUCAAAAACAGUUAUCAUGGGCCACCUGUUCUUGUAGGUGUCGUUAAGGAUGGGGAAAGUUUUGACUUUUGUAUGUGCAACCCCCCAUUCUUCAUGACAAUGGAGGAAGCAGGAUUGAAUCCAAAGACUUCUUGUGGUGGUACUCCGGAGGAGAUGGUAUGUCUUGGAGGUGAAGAGGCCUUUAUUACUCGCAUAAUUGAAGACAGUGCUCAACUGAAACGUGCAUUUCGGUGGUACACUUCAAUGGUUGGAAGAAAAUCAAACCUCAACAUCCUGACAUCAAAACUUUGGAAUGUUGGAGUCACUGUAGUAAAGACAACAGAAUUUGUCCAAGGCCAGACAUCUAGAUGGGGGCUUGCAUGGUCUUUUAUGCCUCCCUCCAGGAAGAUGUUAUUUUCACAUGUGACCGAGAAGAAAAAUUUGUCUUUCAUGCUAGAGGGCCUUCAACGUCAGCAUAGCGCAUUUCACGUGUUGCAGUCAGUGGAAUCUUUUUUCUGCAGCUGUGGUGCAUCCUGUAAACUAAAUGCUUCCACAUUCAAUAUUGAUAUCACUGCUUCACAGAAUCAUUGUAACACGAUUCUGAAGAGUGAGACACAAAAUGAGAAUGAAGCUGUUCAAUGCAAAAACGAGUUGGAGAUAUCCAGGACUUCAAAUGAUAACAAUUGUCAGUCAGAUGAUCUGCAGUUCCGCAUUUCAGUCUUUCAGCAAAUUCCAGGAACACUUUUGGUUAGGUCUACAUUACACCAGAAAGAAAGCUCCAGCUCAGGUUUAUUUUCAUUGAUAUUCAAGCAACUAGAAAAAGUUCUGAAAAAUAAAUUCUGCACCGAAAGGGUAUCAGCUGAUGGUUCCUGCUCCAACCUCAGAAGAUAAGCUGAGCAAUCUGUCGUCCCUCCAGAAUUGUUUGUUGCAGAAUCAUGUGUACCAGGCCACACAAUCUCGUUGAUUUGAACUGGGAAUUCGGAUCCAUUGCUUUGUUUUAUUUCGGACAAAACUUUCUUCUCAGUUCGAAUAGAGUCUCUUCGUUCAACGUGUUUCGGAACCCUGAACACACGAAGAAGAGGAGGAAAUUUAAGGAUUAUUGUUUCUUCCUCUCCUCUUCUGGUUCAUUUGUUUGUUUUAUAUCUCCACCUUAUAUUUGGUUGUUUGUUUUGUACGGGAAAAAUGAUCGGUUAAUGCAAUUUAAUAGUGGGGUUUAACAUCAUCAGUUGAAAAAGAGUCAACUAUAAUAAGUUCCUUUGAAAAUAAGUUACUAUGUUUUAUACAAAAAAAAAAAGACUGCACCCUCUUAACUUCAUUAAGGAUCUGUAAUUGUACCUCACGAAAGGUCAAGGAAUCCUGUCCUAAUAUUUCCACUUCUUUAUUGUAAAGAUUUUUUCUUUUCUAAAAUAUUGCAGCAAAUAGAUUAGACUAAGAUUAUAGCAUUAGUAUUGUGGACCAGCUGUUUUUCAAUAAUUGUUGGGUAGUUGCAGUUA